AUGGAAUCACCGGGUGCUUUGAGGGACACGUCAAUUAUCGUGGUGACGCUGGACUCGGAUGAAGUUUACAUUAUUGCGAGCCUAUGCACCAGGACGGACACUCAAGUAAUAUACGUCGAUCCAACCACCGGCGCGCUUCGCUACGAUGCCAGGCCAGGGUUCGGUCUGUUCAAGUCGCCGGGGGAAGCCUUGGAUUUCGUCACCAGCGGAUCGCGAUUUGCGUGCAAGAGCAGGAUUCUCGCGAGGGCGAUAUUAGGUUAUGCCGCGUUUGGGAACGUGGGGAUGCUCCUCGUCGCGACGAGAUUAACCGCCAGUAUUCCCAUUAUGCCGGGUGGUGGUUGUGUGUUCACGGUGGCGGAGAGCGCGUGGAUCAGGAUUCCGCUAAACAACGCAGUGGUGCAGGGGAAGGGAGAGGCCAAGAACGUGCAGGACUUGACGGAGCUUGAUAUUGAUGGGAAGCAUUACUUCUGCGAGACGAGGGAUGUUACGCGCCCUUUUCCGAGCCGCUUCCAGAUGAAUCAACCUGAUCAGGAGUUUGUUUGGAACGCGUGGUUUUCCGCGCCGUUUGUUGAUAUUGGCUUGCCGCGGCAUUGCGUCACGCUACUGCAGGGGUUUGCAGAAUGUCGAAGUUUUGGAAGCUCGGGUCAACUAGAAGGUAUUGUGGCACUAACUGCUCGUCGAAGUAGGCUUCACCCGGGUACUCGAUACUUGGCGAGGGGGCUAAAUUCAUGUUUCAGUACAGGAAAUGAAGUGGAGUGUGAGCAACUUGUAUGGGUUCCCAAACGAUCUGGUCAAAGUGAACCUUUCAACACAUAUGUAUGGCGAAGAGGCACUAUUCCUAUCUGGUGGGGUGCAGAACUGAAAAUCACAGCUGCAGAAGCUGAAAUUUAUGUUUCAGAUUGUGAUCCUUAUAAAGGAAGUGUACAGUAUUAUGGAAGACUGAGUAAGAGAUAUGAUGCUCGAAAUCUAGAACUACGUGCUGGUGAUAUUUCAAACAGGAAAGCUUUGGUUCCCAUUGUAUGCAUAAACUUGCUUCGAAAUGGUGAAGGAAAGUCCGAGUCCCUUUUGGUUCAACAUUUCGAGGAGUCUAUUAACUUUAUUAGAUCAACUGGGAAGCUUCCAUAUACUAGGGUCCAUUUGAUAAAUUAUGAUUGGCAUGCUAGUACAAAAUUAAAAGGUGAACAGAUGACAAUUGAAGGGUUAUGGAAACUCCUCAAAGCACCUACUGUAUCCAUAGGUAUAUCUGAAGGAGAUUAUUUGCCUUCACGACAACGAAUAAAUGAUUGCAGAGGUGAAAUUAUCUACAAUGAUGAUUUUGAGGGUGCAUUCUGCUUAAGAUCACAUCAAAAUGGGAUAAUACGUUUUAACUGUGCCGAUUCUUUGGAUAGGACCAAUGCUGCUAGCUUUUUUGGCUGCCUCCAAGUAUUCACGGAGCAAUGUAGACGGCUGGGGAUAUCACUUGACAGUGAUUUGGCAUUUGGUUAUCAGUCAAUGAGUAAUCAGUUUGGUGGAUAUACUGCUCCACUGCCACCUGGCUGGGAGAAGCGAUCUGAUGCAGUGACAGGAAAAACAUAUUAUAUUGAUCAUAAUACUAGAACCACAACAUGGAUGCAUCCAUGUCCUGAUAAACCAUGGAAGAGAUUUGAUAUGACAUUUGAGGAGUUCAAGAGAUCAACAAUUUUAUCUCCUGUAUCUCAACUUUCUGACCUUUUUCUACUUGCUGGGGAUAUUCAUGCUACUCUUUACACUGGGUCCAAAGCAAUGCACAGCCAAAUACUUAGCAUAUUCAAUGAAGAAACAGGAAAGUUUAAACAGUUUUCUGCUGCCCAGAAUGUGAAAAUCACUUUGCAAAGAAGAUAUAAAAAUGCAGUUGUGGAUAGCUCUCGUCAGAAGCAAUUAGAAAUGUUUCUGGGAUUGAGACUUUUCAAGCAUCUUCCAUCAAUUUCCCUUCAACCUCUACAUGUUCCAUCUCGACCGUCUGGUUUUGUUCUCAAACCAAUUGCAAACUUAUUUCCUAUUUCUGGUGGUGAAGCAAAUCUUCUGAGUUUCAAAAAAAAAGGCCUUGUCUGGAUUUGUCCACAGCCUGCUGAUGUAGUUGAAAUCAUUAUUUAUCUUGGUGAACCUUGCCAUGUUUGUCAGCUUCUUCUCACAAUAUCCCACGGUGUAGAUGAUUCAACAUAUCCAUCAAAGGUUGAUGUAAGGACAGGGCGCCAUUUAGAUGGGCUUAAACUGGUCUUAGAGGGUGCUUCUAUACCACAAUGUGCAAGUGGGACCAACCUAUUGAUACCGUUACCUGGGGCAAUUAGUGCUGAAGACAUGGCUAUAACUGGGGCAAAUUCUCGUCUUCAUUCCCAAGAUGCAUCACCCUUCUCGUUACUGUAUGAUUUUGAGGAACUUGAGGGAGAGUGGGAUUUCCUUAGUCGUGUAGUUGCGCUAACCUUUUAUCCUACUGUUUCUGGAAGAAAACCAUUAACGCUUGGUGAGAUUGAAAUCCUUGGAGUUUCCCUUCCUUGGAGUGAUGUACUUGCUAAUGAAGGCCCUGGUACAAGAUUAGUUGAGCAUGUCAAGAAGUUUCAAGAAGAGCUUAAUCCCUUUUUAUCUGGUUCAGAUACAAAUCCAUUUAACCCUUCAUCACCAGAAAAAGUAUCACCACCCAAGCAAGGAGGCACUUCUUCUGACCUUUUGUUUGACCUCCUGUCUGGGGAGGACCCACUUCCGCACCCACUUGCACAACCAGUUACUGACAAUGUUGUCUACCAGGAAAGUGACCCGCUUGAUUUCUUGGACCUAAGUAUUGAAAACCAUAGUGCCAAAAGUGAUGGUGAAGUCUCAUUAGAAGAUGGCCGGCAUUCAGAUAGUAGUGCUGAACAAUAUUUGAAGUGCCUUAAAACUAUUGCAGGGCCAAGUCUGAUAUUUCAAGGGAGUUUGCUUUUUCAUAGGGAGAGAGACUAG